AUGGUAAAACUUGUUUUCAAAGGUAAUAAUUUAUCAAAACUAAUUAAAAUGUCCGUUCAUAGAGAAAAAAUUGACCUUGCCAAAUUACCACAUCACUAUGAUGGUCCUGUUACAUUGGCAGUAAUUGGAGGUACUGGAUUGUAUGAUUUGCCUAAUUUACACCCUGUUGCUAGAUUGACUAUUAGUACUCCUUGGGGGUUUCCUUCCGGUUCAAUUACCAUUUCCAAGACUGAUCUGGGUUUCCCAGUAGCAUUUUUAGCUCGUCAUGGUGCCCAUCAUGAUUUGUUGCCUAGUGAUGUGCCAUCGAGAGCCAACAUUGCUGCAUUGAAAAAAUUGGGAGUUAAAGCCAUCGUCGCCUUUUCUGCUGUUGGCUCGUUGCAACAAGAAAUCAAACCAAGGGAUUUUGUUUUACCUACACAAAUCAUUGAUAGAACAAAAGGUAUUAGGCCAUCUACUUUUUUCGAAAAAGGAUUUGUUGCACAUGCUAUGUUUGGGGAACCUUUUGAUUUAGAGUUGAAUAAAUUGAUUAGUGAUGCCAUUCCCAGUAAAGGAUUUUUGGAAGGAUUCGACACUGAUGCUGCUCCUGUUUUGCACACUAAGGAAAACACCAAUAAUGGGGAAGAUUUAACAAUCAUUUGUAUGGAGGGCCCACAGUUUUCAACUAGAGCUGAAUCCAAAUUGUACAGAAGCUGGGGAGGUUCUGUCAUCAAUAUGUCAGUAUUGCCAGAAGCAAAAUUGGCUCGUGAAGCAGAAAUCGCAUACCAAAUGAUUUGUAUGUCGACAGAUUAUGAUUCAUGGAAUGAAAGCGAAGAGCCUGUCACAGUGGAAACAGUGGUUGGUAAUUUGAAGGCCAAUUCUGCUAAUGCUUGUAAAUUAGCAGCUAAAUUGAUUGAUGAAUUUGCUGCUAAGGGUGGUGAAAUUGGUAAAGAUUUACAAGGAAGCAUGAAAUAUGCUGUCAGCACUAGUCCUCAUGGUGUCAAAAAAGAAUUGUUAGAAAAAAUGCAUUAUUUAUUCCCUGGCUAUUGGGAAGUAUAG